AUGAGCAUUUCUGGUAAUGAUAUUAAGAUAUCAUCGUUUCCCGUUGGUGAAGCAGGUACGAAUGUAACAACUGUUAUAUUUGGUCAUCGAUCGGGUAAAUUAUUGGCAACAGGCAGUGAAGAUCAUAGUAUUCAUAUUUAUGUAAUUGGUCAAACAACAUCAUUGCUUACAUCACAAUGUCAAAAAAGUGCUAUAACAGCAUUAAGAUUUUCUAAUGAAGAAAAUUUAUUAGCAUCAGGUAGUCGAUCCGGUGCAGUACAAAUUUGUGAUCUUGAAAGUCAAAAAGUUAUUCAUCCUGGUGGUCAUAAAACAUGUAUUCGUGCUAUUGAAUAUUUCCCAUCAAGUAAUAAUUUCUUAGCAACAGCUGCUGUUGAUGGAACAGCAAAGCUUUGGGAUCCAAGACGAAAAGGUUUUAUAUUCAAUUAUAAAGGACAUAAUGGUGCUAUAAAUGCACUUAAAUUUUCUCCGGAUGGUCGAUAUUUAAUAACUGCUUCUGAUGAUACAGCUAUUCAAAUGUGGGAUGUUACAGCUGGUAAAUUAAUAAAAUCUUUUCAAGAACAUCAAGGACCUGUAUAUACAAUUGAAUAUCAUCCAAAAGAACUCUUACUUGCAUCAGGUGGUGCUGAUAGACGAGUUAAAUUUUGGGAUCUUGAAAAACUUCAAUUUGUUAAUGAAACAGAAAUUGAAACAUCAGCUAUCAAAUGUUUACAGUUUGAACCAACAAAUGCUAGUUAUUUACUAUCCGGAUCAAAUGAUAUGUUACGUGCUUAUAAUUAUGAACCUGUUCAAUUACUUGAUACAGUUCAAAUUAAUUGGAAAAAUGUUCUUGAUAUGACGAUACAUAAAGAUCAACUUUAUGGAGCAUCUAUUUCACAAAAUAAUGUUCAUAUUGGCUCAAUUUAUCUUCGAAAUUUAAAAACUAAACGACGUAUAUCACCAGUUCGUGAUUAUUAUCCAAGCGAUCCGAAAGCAACAUCAGUUGCAACGGGUACAAUUAUUGGACGACGAAGUCAAUAUCAACCAAUGACUGUUAAAGAUGAACAUGUCAAACUUCAACCAGAACCAGCUAAUAUUAGUGGUAGUGAUGAACCAAAAUCAGCAGGUGCAGAUAGUGUAAUGAUUGAUAAUCAAGCGGAUUAUGAACGAAUAUUUCGUGGUAAAGCACGUUUACCACGUUCACCUAGUCAUCAAGGAAGUUCAACACAAUCAAAAGGUCCUUCGUUAUCAUCAGCUGGAUUUAAUAUACCAACACCAUCAUCAACAGAAAUCUCAUCAACUCCUGCUUCUGUAGUACCUAAGCAAAAAGUUUCUCAAUCUAUUUCUCCACCACCUCAAGUUGAUGUACUGAUGCCUCAAAUUCAAAUGCCAAGUUCAUCAAUAAUUUCACCUGAACCACCUCGAACAAAUGAACAGAUCUUUGCUAAUUUAAGUAGAGGCAAUAAAACAAUACUUGCUGUGCAACAACAACGUACAAGUAAUUUAUCAUUAUUAGUGGAAUUAUCUCGCAAUAGUAAUCCACAAACAAGUUUUAAAGCAGCUACUGCUUCUCAAGAUCUUUCACUCGAAUGUUUCUUAUUACGUUUUGUUAUUGAAAAAUUAUCAAAACGUGAUUGGAAUCUUGAAAUCUGUAUAUUAAUUUUACCAGCUGUACGUGAUUUAAUUAAAUCUCAUUAUCAUUGGUAUAAUUUAACUGCUUGUCAAGGACUUGAACGAAUACUUGGAGAUUUUGGAAAAGUUAUUUAUGAUAAUGUUGGAGCUAAAUCAAUUGGUGUAGAUCUUAGUCAACAAGCGCGACGUGAAAAAUGUGAAUCAUGUCAUCAUAUAUUACAUGAAAUUCGAUGUUUACUUGAAGAUCGACUAAAAAAUGUUUCAGAUUCAUCAGUACGACAAGCAUUUGGUGACAAUUUAGCAUUAUUAAAUGCUCUUGAACGUUCCUAA